AUGACCAACACCUCCACGGUCGCCCCUGCCGCGCCCCGCCUACCCCGGCCGCGCCUCCACGCCUCGCCCAACACCGCUGCGCCGCCACGCCCCACCUGCCCCGCCCAACACCGCCGCGCCGCCACGCCUCGCCGAGCCUCGCGCGGCCCUCGGCUCCGCUGCGCCGCCCCGCCUCGGCCCCGCUGCGCCGCGCCGCCCGACCCGACCUCGCGCCGCCCCGGCACCUGCGCGCCCCGCCUCGGCCCCGCGCGCCGCCCCGACCCGACCCCCGCGCCGCCCGGCACUCGCGCGCCCCGCCCCCGCUUCGGCCUCGCGCGCCCAGCACGCCCCGCUCUGCGCCGCUUCGCCCUGCCCUGGCUCCGCCCCGCCCAACACCGCCACGGCGAGCUCGAUCCCUCCCCGCCUCGUCACUGA